UGAGUCAGACUGAACAAAAAAGGCUUCGGUGUGCAAUUUUAUUCGCCAAUUUUGACUGAUUUUUAGUAGAAAUUUUAAGAUAAAGUGUCCUUAUCACCACCAGAAGUUGUGCAUUUAGUGAAAUUAGUCAAAUAUCCAUGCAAUGGAUCCCGCGCACAAGGAGAAUAUCCGUGCCAACACGAAGCGUCUCCUCAAUGUUACGGAUUAUGAGAACUUCAUAAGGUGCUGCAUAAAAAAGGAAAUUAUCUCCAAUACCAUGAGGGAAAAUAUCGAGAACGAGUGGGGCAAUGAGACGGACAGGAAGCAGGCGCUGUGGGAGAAGAUUCCGAAGAGGGGCCCCAAAGCCUAUGCGAGGCUGCUGGAGCUCUGCAGUGAGAACUAUCCGGUGGCUUACACCAUCCUCAACAAGUCCACGGGGAAGAAUCUCGGCCAGGUGGCGAGUGUGAGCCAGACCAGAGAAGUUUACACACCUCUGGAUGAACCAGACAUGAAAUUGGUCAACGACGGAGCGUGUCUGUCUAUGGAAAAGGAAUUGCCCAGCGCAAUAGUGUUGGAAACAUAUCCGGGCCCAGUAAUCAACCACCUGAAUCUCACGGUGAAGAAGUCCAGGAAGAUACACAAGAAUCCCAAAUUGAAUGUGUACAAAAUGACGUCCCGGAAUCGUGGAGUUCUCCUGCUCAUCAACAUUAUUAAGUUCCGGAAAGCGGAGCUGAAUCGCAGGGGAGCUGACAACGAUAGGGACAAUCUCAUCUACUUAUUCACCGAGUUGGGCUUCACCAUUUACUACUAUGAAGACAUCGAACCGAAGAAGCUCUUCCGAUACCUCGAAGCCUUCCAGAUGCAGGCAAUUCUGGAAAAAUACGAAUGCUUCGUGUUCGGAAUCAUGACACAUGGGAACAUUGAGAACCACCAGACGUACGUGGAGUUUGGCAACGGACAAACCAUUCCUCUGGAUUCGAUUCUGGAACAGUUUUACAACGACAAGUGCUACUCUCUCAUAAGGAAACCCAAAAUCUUCCUUCUACCUUUCUGCAGAGGAAACCAUCCUGAUCUAGGAGUUUUCGUUCAGAAUAUCCAACACGACGGCUCUCUCAUGAUACCCAGCGAAGCUGGUCAGUCUUCAGUGCGUAAAAUAACAACAAAGAGUGAUAUUCUCAUUUGCUACGCCACAGUCAAAGGAUACGAGAGCCAUCGUCACAGGGACACUGGCUCUUGGUAUAUUCAGGCUCUGUGCCAAGUGUGGGCAGAAAAUGCCCACGACACGGAUGUGGAGACCAUGAUGAAGAUGGUGGACACGAAAAUGCGAGAAGAGUGGGGCAACACUACGCACACCGUUCAGACAGCCUCAAUGGAGAACCUGGGCUUCAACGAUGCUCUCUUCCUCAAUCCAGGAUUCUACGAGGAGUGACGAAACCUUCCAUUUUGUGUGUUUUUUUUACUUUACAACGACAAACACUCGUUCCAAACGAAGAUAUGAUUUCAAAUCUUUCAAAUACUUUGUACGAACUCAG